GCAAACAGUCAGAGAUAGUAAAGCAGAAAGCAAAUUUUCUCUCUAUAUAUUUACUUAGUGCCAGUGCAAUGAACAAAGAUGACUAAUCUUUCGGUAGUAGCUUUCGUGACAUUUCUGGUCGCCUCCGGUUCCGGUGGUGGAUGGCAACUAGCACAGGCGAACGAAUGUCGUCGACUGGAUCCGUGCCGUUGCGAGUAUGAGGAUGGCAAAGGAAUCGAUCUCAAUCAGGUAGUCGCAAAGGGAGAACUGCACAUGGAAACGAUGGAUCCAAAGACGCAGGACAAGUACUUUUUUCAACCGUGUCAGGACAUAAAGUAUCUACCUCAACCGAACACGGACACAGAUUGCAGCUCUGGGGAUGGCUAUGCGCUUUGUCGGUUCAAUAAUGCGACUCAAACAUAUCAAAAGUUGGGGACAAUAAGGGAUAGUAAUUUCCGAUCGGAUGACAAUGGGCAGCAGUUUCUUGUGUUCCAGUUGAAAUCGGUUGUGACAUCCUUUCAGCUUCUUUGCUUGAAGCACGAUAAAUCUUACAUCUAUGUCAAUCAGGAUCAGACCUCAGUGGAAUCUGGGAAUGAUACCAAACUGGUCCUCUUCUCUCCAUUCGCUUGUCCGAUAACGAUUGAAGAGAUUAGCAAACCCAGCACAGGAGGUGUACUACUCAUCCUGUUCCUGAUCGGUACCUUUACGUACUUCGCGAUCGGUUCGAUAGUUCGCUUCAUGUAUCUCGGUGCUCGAGGAAUCGAAGUAAUACCGAAUCUGGACUUCUGGAAGGAUCUUCCGGGGCUUGUUAGGGAUGGAAUCCGAUUCUUGCAGAACGGUUGCCGUGUCGAACGCCGGGAACCGGAUCCCGAUUCAUACGAUGCCAUCUAGAUCAAACAUCAUCAAAUCAAAGUCACAUUU